GAAGCGACCGUCUCCGCCCCUGGAGACGCUCGGCCCGGAGACAGCAUUUGCAGAGGUUCUGGAGCGAUUGAAAACUCGCUCUAAGUAACGUCGCAUGGCAGCGGGUAAGGGGGGCGUGAAAGAACCAUUGGACCCAGUAAAUCAGAAUAAGAUCUUGUGUGAGACGAUCCGGAAGGAGUUGCGAUGUCAGCGCCUGCAUACGGAGUAUUCACCAAACCCGCUCAUGAAAGUUCACGCCAUAACUGGGAAACCUGCAUCUUGGCAUGAUAACCUAGAGGAACCUACAGAUGCUAAAUUCCUAAAGCUUAUUCAUUAUGCUGCACUUGAACCGCCCAAGAAAUACACAGAACCACAAACAGAAAGUCAGGAAGUUGGUUGGUUUUCCACACCUUUGAUCAGUAUCAACCGGAACGAUAAUAGGCUACACUUCCCAAAUCGGAGCACUGAAAUCUCCAGGUACAUGGCCGCUAUGUGGCGCCUAAAGGAGAUGACAAAAAGUAGCAAAUAAGGACAUAGUAACUUCAAGGGAGCUUACUGUGGAGACAUUAAACCCUCAUUUAGGAUUUCUGGCCUGCAAGAUUAUCAUCUUGUCAUUGUUGUUGGUUAUUUUAAGCAAGGAAGCUGUCUUGUUUGAACAUUUAGUACUUGCAAUAAACUUGUUCCCAAAUUG